AUGUAUCUAAACCUUUGGAAGUGUUACCUACAACAACAAUCUAUCAUGGACAACGAAACAUCUGAAAUUAAUGAGGACCAUUGCUAUGUUGGCUUGACUCGUGAUCACCUCAAUUUGAACCUUGUCGCCGAUAAAGUCCGCAGUCCUCAAGCAGGCGCCAUUGUCAUGUUUGCGGGUACUACUCGGGAUAAUUUUGCUGGGAAACCUGUAAAGGAGUUGCAGUACUCAGCUUAUAGUCCGCGAGCUCUGAAGACAAUGCUGGCCAUCUGCAAAGACCUCCGUACGACGCACGGCCUCAUUUCCAUAGCCAUGAUUCAUCGCCUCGGCACCGUCCCGAUCGGUGAAGAGAGCAUCUUGAUAGCUGUGUCUGCGCCCCAUAGGCAAGCUGCUUGGAAGGCUGCCGAGCAGGCUCUUGAAGAUUGUAAACAACGUGUGGAGGUAUGGAAGAGGGAAGAAUUUGAAGGCGAAGACGGCGUCUGGAGGGCCAAUAGAGACGGCGCGCCGGGCCAUAAAACCUCCUAAUUGCAUUCAUGACAUUUAUUAAGUAUCUACCUAGAUUGGGUGUCUAGACUGAUCACUGAUCAGUUACGUGUGGCCAUGAUCGCCAUGAUCGCCCUGAUCUCAUAUUCACACCUGUAAGCAUGCAUAUGUAUAAUCUGGGGUGUCCUCUACGACUAAUCAGCCCUCGAGCGAGACUA